GAUGCUAUGUUUUCUUCUGUUUUGCUUUCUUCUUCUUCAAAUCUUUGCUGGUUUCUUCUGAAAUGACAUCUGGGUGGAAAAUGAAGCAGUAUUGGCUAGGUCUGAAACACACAGAGGCCCGAAUCAUCAAUGACCAUCGUCAACUGCCAUUGUCAACAUGUAUGCGGUGGAGUUUCUUUUUGUUGACACCGGAUUACGUCGAAAUGCAAAUGGGUUGGUUUUUUUUUUACUACUCUCUCCUUUCUUUUUCUCUCUCUCUUUCUUUUCUGAUGAUCAAAUUCUGUUUCAAAUCUUGUUUAAGUCCCAUAUGGAUUCAUCACCAAAACCAGAACAUUUUAUCACUUCUGCUCACCCACUGAACUGAGAAACUGAGAUAGCCCUAAAAAGCUAUGAAUUAGCCUCUAUCCGUUGAUUCAUUGUGACCCUUGUAAAUAGCCGACCUAACUCACUUGAUUUAUUAGUUUUUGCAACUCAAAAACAGAGACUUUUACUUGUUCCCAUUUCUUCAAGAAAAGUAGCACCUGGGCUUUUACCCCACUAGGCUUUGGGAGGAUGGGCUUACUCUUUCAAUUGUUGGUGCGUUUUAUUUUUCCAUCUUUGGGCCCUUGUCCUAGAAAGGACAAAAAUAGCAUGUAUCUUGCGGUCGCAUGAGACACUAUUAACGUAAUUAGCCCGUUGUUUAUUGGGGAGCGACUAAUGAGGUGUUAGAAGAAUAUUUGAUGACGCCAAUCCCGACAUGAUUUCUUUAUGAUGGUGAGAUACUCCUCAAUAGCUACGCUUUAAACACCUCAUUAUAGUUUUAUUAGCCACCAUAUCUGGCGGCCGCAUUUCACUCUCCAUAUCUUCUUCCAUUCAGUACUCGCCGUCACAGAGUGGUUUUCUAGUGCAAUUCUAUGUCUAUGGCAUCUGUUCGGCCUGUAAAUCGGGAUGAUAUUGAGGAUGGCUUUGGCCCGCAUGCACCGUCUAGCGGUAAAGGCUCACAAGUCCUUCACACCAACCCACAAGCUAAGAGCCAGAAGAAGACUAGGAAAGCCGUUGGCCCUGCCACUUCACACCACAGUCCGCCUUCUGCAAUACCGCCUCCACAAACUAGUAUUCAGGAAGGACUUGCGACGAAUCCGAUUUCAAGUGUUUCAAGUGGUACAGAAUCACGUGCUGGUCAUGUUGAGCCACAAGUUCUUAAAAAUGCCCCCACAGAAAGUUCCCCUGGAACAGGAAGUACAUCAGACAACCAAAGGUUCACUGGGAAAGGUCACAGAAUUAUGGAAAAAAUCACCAAGAUGUUCAAGAAGUUGAAACAAAAGCUGGCACGUUAGACUCAAAAGGGCUUGCCUGAGAAAAAGAAGAUUCAACAUUUUUACGGCAUUUCUUAGCAUCUCAUGCAGUUUUGAGGAGAGUUCCAGUUUUGAUUACUGGAGUUCAUUCUUGUGUUUAAUUUCUCAUUUGACAUUUUUAGUACAGAAUCCCUUACAAAUAUACUCCUGGAUGUUUAAUGUAGUUUGAAAAGGGAGAGCAUAUUCAUAAUUUGCAUAUGCUCUUUGGGGUAAAUCAAGGAGUAUGAGUGAGGGUUAAGAUUACCAUAUGUGUAUUUGAAAAUAUUUUCUACCUGAAAAUAAGUUAGAUCAUCACUAACCGUUUAGAUAAAUUUGAAUUUCAGAUUUUAGCAAUUUGAAGAGCUACUGAAUAUA